AUGUCCGGCAGGGGUGGCAUUGGCAUGGGGAUCGACGGCCCGAUGAGCCACACCGAAUGGUCCUGCUGGUGCGCUGCCCAUCGCCCCAACCCCGUUGGCCAGCCACGCCUGGUGAUCAUCGAGUUCGAGCUCAAAAACAACGAGCUCAACCCGCCCUCGACGGUCUCCGUCGAGCCGGUAGACGAAGAUGAUCGGGGCGGGGUGGCCGGCAAGCCCUACGAACCCACCAAACAGGACCUCAUUGAGUCCACCAUGUCCAUCAACAAACCGCUCCGCGCGCUCGCUAGACUCCGCAGGAAGGGGAAAGACUUCUCCGGCGACUCCGUCAAGGUGCUCUCCAUACUCAGUCAGCUCAAUAAUCAGUUCGAUAAGGCAGACGAUAUGCCCACCUUGCUCAAGAUGGCCGUCGGCUUGGUCAGGGAACUCACCGGGUUCGAUUGCGUUAUGAUCUAUAAGUUCGACGAGUCUUGGAACAGUCAAGUCAUCGCUGGACUCGUCAAUUGGAAACGGACUCGCGAUCUCUAUCGAGGCCUCCGAUUCCCUGCCUCAGACAUACCCGCCCAAGCUAGAGAGUUGUACAAGAUCAACAAAGUCAGGAUGCUGUACAAUCGCGAUCAACCUACUGCUAGGCUAAUGUGCAAAUCCCAAGAAGAGCUGUCAAAACCGUUGAAUAUGACCCACUGUCAUCUCAGGGCAAUGAGUCCGAUUCACAUCAAGUAUCUGGCUAACAUGGGCGUCCGAUCCUCAUUUUUGAUAUUGAUCAUCAUGAAUGAUGAAUUAUGGGGCUUGAUAUCCUGUCACAGCUACGGUAGAUUCGGCCAGCGCGUGACGUUUCCGACGCGGCAGUUCUGCACAAUGCUGGGCGACACCGUCUCGCGGAACAUUCUGCGCUUGAACCUCUCCCAACGCCUGCAGUCGCGCAAGCUCAUCAAUACCACCUCGACCUCCAAAAACCCCUCAGGCUAUAUUGUCACCAAGGCCGAGGAUCUGCUCUGGCUCUUCGACGCUCAGUCCGGCGUGCUCUCCAUCGGCGAAGAGGCCAAGAUCUUGGGCACCGUGUCUAAUUCUCAGGAGAUCCUGGCCAUUCUCGAGUACCUCAGAGUGCGGAAAUACGACUCAAUCCAAGUGUCGACGGAAAUCAAUGUGACCUUCCCAGACAUCGAAUACCCCGGCGGGUUCGAGUUGAUCUCCGGCGUGCUCGUCAUCCCUUUGUCCAGGAGCGGUCAGGACUUUAUCUGCUUCUUCAGACCCGCCCAGUCCAAGGAAAUCCAUUGGGCUGGGAACCCCCAUGAGAAAAUCAUGAAGGAUGAUAAGAAUGGCAACAUCCUUGAGCCGAGGAAGUCGUUCAAGAUCUGGUCAGAGACCGUCAAAGAACGCUCCAAGGCCUGGACCGCCGACCAGCUCGAAACCGGCUCGGUCCUGAGUCUGGUGUACGGGAAGUUUAUUGACGUGUGGCGACAGAAAGAGGCGGCAGUGCAGAACAACCAGUUGCAAGCCCUGCUGCUCUCGAAUGCGAGUCACGAGGUCAGGACCCCCUUGCAUCAGAUCUUGUCUACCCUCGAACUCGCUCUCGACGGCCAGCUCGAUGAAGAUACUCGCGAUAAUCUCUUGAAAUCUUAUACUGCUUCAAGAGCUUUGGUUCAUGUGAUCAACGAUCUGCUUCACUUCAGCCGAUCAUCCGUCAUCAGCCACACCUCCUCCACCCGAGGCCCGCCAACGAUCGAGCAGCCGGUAUUGAUUGCCGGGAUGAGCCACGCCGCACCCUCCGCCGCCGCGCCCUCCUCGCGCUCCGACCCGAGCCAAUGCAGCUCCCCCCCGACCAUCCUCUCCGACCCAGACUCCUACAUCACCACCCGCUUCGAGUACCAGCAGGGCGAGGACGGGCUGCUGAUCCUGACCGGCCGCAGGGACCAGGCCUCAAAUGCCCGCUACGCCAAUGCCACCUCCGACCCCACCACACCCAGCGCCCAGCCGCACAGCAUGGCCUUGGCGUAA